CUGACAACAUCCCAUCUGCCAGCAUGCUGCAGUCACACGGAUACUAUCGCAGAUAUGACAUCAUAACCCUUCAGCAGCUGAUGUGAUCAAUCACACGUGAUCAUUACAGUAUUAUUACUCUGGCUGUUAAAAUCAAACAUGAGUGAACUCCAUCUGAGCCUCGACGGUGAAGAAGGAGCUGAAAAAUCAGCAUCUGCAGACAUGCUGUACAUGAGCAGGAGAGCUCUGAGGAACAUCUCAGCAUCUGUGUUAAACAUGACACAUCUAAAGAGUUUAUAUCUGGAGGGGAAUGAGAUCAGCAGUCUCCCUGAACGCUUCUUCAGCAGUUUGUCGUCUCUGGUUUGGUUGGAUGUGAGGAACAAUCGACUCACAGGUCUACCAGCCUCCAUCGGACAACACAGGUGUUUGAAGACGCUACUGUUGGAGGGCAAUCCGAUCUCAGCGCUUCCUCCAGAGCUGGGUCACGUGAUCACGCUGAAGGCCUUGAGUCUGAGGAAGUGCCCGCUCACGUUUCCUCCCCAGGACGUCGUGGGCCGCGGUCUGCCUGCCAUCCUCCACUACCUGCGCGCCUCGCAACUGGGUGAAGAGUUUCCUGUUGUGGAGAAGCUGCGUCUGUCUGAACUGGAUCAGAGCGAGGAGGACGAGCCGGAGAUCCGGCGCUUUCAGGAGCUCCGGCGCAGGAUGAUUCAGAUGGAACGGGCUGAAUUAGGGUCGGCCGGCGACGGAGGAACCAGAACACCCGGCUUCAGGAGCUGCAGAGCUGGAUCCCAUCAUGAGACCUGAUUUCAUUAGGAAGAGAAACAGCAGCUGCUUUAUUAGAUUCUGGUGCUGAUUAAACAUCAGACGGGUCUCUGUGUCUGUUCUCUGUGUUAAUGCACAGUGGAGUCCAGCAGUCUAGUGAACAUACAGACUGCACUCUUUAUUUAAAGCAGCUUUAUUGGCAUCAGUGGUUCCAUGAAGAACUUUUAACAUCUGUGGAAAC